AUAAACGAUCGUAACUAAAUCAGUAAAAAGUAAGCUUCUAUAAGAUUUGACCAUUUCCCUGUGUUUUAGAGUUUGUAGCUUCCUCUUUGUUAUUUAUCAGUUGGAGCUUCAGCUUGUUCUCCUACAAAGCUUUAAACUGAAUUUUCAAUUUCCUUUUGGGUUUUUGCUACAAAGAUACGGAAUUGAAUGAUUAUACCCAAUUAGUUUGAUUCCACUGCACCAGGAACAAGAACCAGAUCCAAGGGUUUGUUAUCUGCCACGUGAAACAUGUUGUACGAACUCCUGCGUGUAAACAAAAACGCUUUGGAUUCUGGAUAUCCCGACCCAUCAACCCAAACCAACCAGGCGACAAAAUCCAACAAUGUAUUUCCAAAGCUUUAAUCCAAAGAUUCUUUUGAAAUUUUUUAUAAAUUAUUUGGGCAGAAAAAAAGAAGGAAAAUGGUUACUUUUGGACUGGCAGAUACGGAGAUGAAAUUGAACUCCAGUUUUGCAAAUUCAGAUUUAGGAUCUAAACAGGCUCGAGCCGCUUUUCAUUGGGGUGGCACCGUUUUUGCUUUAUUUUUAUUACACAUGAACCAAACACGAAGGAGAUUACACAUGCUGAUUAACCUCCUAGUAUUAUAUCUCUUUGCUAGUUUCCCAGCCAUACUCUUCAAACUCUAUCGAGGGCAAUUUGGUUUCUGGAUUGCAUUUCUUGCUGUUGCUUCGAAUCUGUUUUUUCCUGAAACCUUUCCAGUUCCGCAUUUCAUCCUGUUCGUCAUUUUACCCAAUUGGCUGGCCGAUAGGUUACGAGAUGACAAUGUACCUGGCAUCCUGUGUCUUGUAAUUGCGAUUUUAAUUAUCCUAACAGAAAUCUGUAGAGCUGGAGGAUUAGAGAAUUGUCAAUGUAGUUGUUAUUGUCUUAGUUAUUGGUUUAGUAUAGCUUGCUUGUUCUUCUUUACAGUAUUGUAUCUUGCCGCUUAAAAGGAAUUGAAAAGCGUAACAGGGAGAAGAUUGCUUUCUGUUU